GAGUAAGUUUGUGUUUACACAUCUUCCCUUGUAACUGCAAGAAUUAAAUAUUCUUUUGAUUAUUUCCUUUUGUAUGUUCAUUUAUACGUAUACAUGUUUUUCUUUCGUUUGGCUCAAAGACAAAUUUAGUAAUAAUAGUUAGUCAAACAAAGAAAGCACAGUGUACGGCUCUUUUUUUUUUUUUUUUUUCAGAUCCAAAGAGAUUUGAAGUUUGAAUGAAAAAACGUGGGUGUGAGUGUGUGUGAUGAGUACAAUAUUCUGAAGAAAGAAAGAAAACUAUCUUUUUCUGAAUCCAUAAUUAUCACCAAACUCCAGAAACAACCCUUUCUCAUGUUUUUUUCUUUUGUCCCAUACCUCAUUCUCUGCGCCUUGUACGAACCACUUAAAUAUGGAGGGGUAUGUAUAGUAGUAGUAGUAGUAGAGUAAGCACCAAAACCAAAAAAGCAUAAGAAAAAGCAAAAUCUCUCUCUUUGUCUCUCUCUCAUCAUGGAUUCAGGAAAUAGUGGAAGUAUGCAAUCUUCAAGCUGUGGUGAUGAAAUUGAAGACUAUGAUUCAAGAGGUGAUUCAAAUAAUUUUUCUGCACUCUUAAACAAUCAACAACCACCAACAACAAGAAUAAACCAUGUUCUAAACACACCAUCACAUCCUUCUUCUUCUUUACCACAACAACAAAUGUUUGAUCCAUUGGUGAAUUAUUAUAUGGAUUCAUUACAAAAAGCUUCACCAUCAUCAAACCAAAACCAAAACUCAUUUCUAAACCUUGAUAUGAUGUGGGCUAAAGCUACAGGUAGAUCUGAACCAAACAAUACCGAUCUUAGUAGCUUAAUGGUACCUUCUUCAUCUUCUCAACAGAAUCAUCAACAACAACAAGCUUUUUUGUUGAGUCAAUUAGCAGCUGGUCAAACAAGAGAAAACGUUGCUUCUUCUGUACACACCACACACCAACAACAACACCAUUCUCUACCACAAGAAAGUACUUCACGUGGAGGAAUAUCACUCACCAAUGAUCAACAAAAUCUCAACAAUAACAAUAUGGGAAGAAAUCCGAAGAAAAGAUCAAGAGCUUCAAGACGUGCACCUACUACAGUUCUCACUACAGAUACUACAAAUUUCAGAGCCAUGGUUCAGGAAUUUACUGGUAUACCAGCACCACCGUUUUCUUCACCUUUUCCAAGAACAAGAUUAGAUCUUUUUGGUUCUUCUGUUUCUUCAAGAUCUUUGUCUUCUCAGAUGGACCCUCCUCCUCUUCAUCAAGCACCACCUUAUCUUCUUCGACCUUUUGCUCAGAAAAUUCAACCUCAUUACUCUUUUUCUCAAAUCCCUUCUUCUUUUCCAUCUUUGGAAAAUUCAACUAAUUCAGCGUCCAUUAACUACCAUAAUCAUCCUCUCAUGCAACACAACCAAAUUCUCGGUUUUCAAUCAAUUUCAUCAUCUCAAGCACCUACAAAAUACCCACAUGGGGCCCAACAACCCUCCUUGGAAAUCUCGCCAAAAAUGGGUGUUUUUGAGGAACUAGGAUUGAGUCAUGCCCAUGACCAUGUUAACAACAACAACAACAACAUUGGUGUUCUUCAUCAACAAAACAUGGUUCCGGCAUCAUCAUCGGAGAGAGUCAACAACAACAUGCGUAAUACUACUACUUCAGAGGAUCAGUGGGGUCAGAGAACGAGUAGUACUAGUAUUAAUGGAGACAAUGAUGGUGGUGGAGGAAGAAUUGUUGUUGGGUCUCUGAGUGGCAUUCAAGAGAGGAAUUCUUCUGCAUCAGAUUUUGGUGUAGAGAAAGGACAAGAAUGUGGUGUAGUAGUGGCUACAACUACAAGAGGUGAAGGUACGGUGGAAUCAUGGAUUAAUUGUUCUUCUUCUGAUUAACAUAAAUUAACCACUCCUCUUAAUUAAACGAACACCAUCAAGAAGAAAAAGAAGAAGGUAGGUUCGUACAUAUAAUUUUAUACACUUUAUUAAAAAAGCAAAUGAUGCUGGUAGAAGUACAAAGCUAAAGCUAAUGCAUGAAAUGGAGAAUCUUCAUCAUAAACCACCACCAUCAAAUCAAAUUAAUUCAACAUUUAUUUUUUGCUUUUUCUUUGUUCUCUGAGUCCUUUAGAAUUAUAUUAUGCGUAUAUAAUUUUAGUAGCAACUAUAGGCUAUAUAGUUUGCCUUUCUCUUUCUCUCUA